AUGGUUCACAGGUCUGAAAACGAAGACAAGGAGCUCACUGCGUUGACGGUACAGCGCAAACAGCAAGAAGCGGAUGGAGCACGCCUUGCUGCUGAGGAGCGUAAGGAUCUUCAAGUAAUAGAGGAAGAGAAGAAGGUUCAAUGGGCGAUACAGGUGCUGAAGACCUACCGAGAGGACUAUAAAGAGAUGACGGCCAAAAGAAAAGCUCGUCGGUUAGGGACGUACAGACAAGGAUGGGCGUUAUUGGAAGAGGAUGAUGAGGCAAUGGAUUCCGAGCCACCUUCCCGUGGCGAACCAACCACGAAGAUGAUCGAGGCGCAAACAGACGGAGGUAGCAGAUCCACAGUUGAGCAAAUCCAGCGCGCUACGUGUAUCUUCGUCUCCAUCUUACAAGAGGACCAAUUGCUCAUACCUCUAUAUGAGUCUGUCCGCAACGAUCCCAUCAUCGGACCCAACAAACUAAGGAGAUACAUCCGUCAUUACCUGGAAGUUUUUGGGGAGCAGCUCAAUAAAGAGGCGAAAGACCCUAUCCAGUUUGCAGCCUGCCGUCUCGUUGAAGCAAAGACACGUUACGCAGCUCAACAUCUCGCCAGCGGAACGGUCAUGAACAUUCAGUCACCGGAACUCGGGUAUCAACGCGAUGAAGCGGAAGAGGAUUCUACAGACAGCUCGGAAGAAGAGACAGGACAACGAUCAGAUAAGAUUCCAGAAUUGGGAGAUUUGAAAGCUUUUUACUUGUUUCUGGGAAACAGCAAUGCCUAUGCGACACUACAAGCAAACAUUCAUGCUUUCUUAGGCGUACAUGGCUAA